AUGCUCGACCCGAGGAACAAAGCAGACGGACGGACCAAGAGGGAUAAUCUAACAAUUCAGAGUGUUUUCUAUGCCUCGCGAGUACUUCCAAACGGGAAUUCUCCUGAAAAGCCCACCAAGCAAAUUUCUUUAAGGGCGAUGAACCUAUUGGUAACACCAACUGUACUCACAAUAUCCGUACGUAGCCAUAGCAGCUUCAAGCCUAGAGACGACCCCGCCCCCCGCCUCCCACCCGAAAUGACAAGAUCCAAGGCAGUUUCCAUCAGCACCAAGGCCAAGGGGGAAAUCGCCAAGGACGAGCCCAAGGCCACGGUCAGCGAGGGGAAACAUGUUCUAGAGCAGCGGGGAAGUAGACACGGAUGUAAAAAGGACAUAAGCACGGAAGAAGAAGAAGCGGAACAUAGCGGACCGCCAAGAGGCACCAGAAAUAAACCUCCCAAGGACCCCGGGCACGGAAAUGAGCCUCUCUUGAAAGACCCCUGGACGAAGGAACAGACCCCCCCCAGAGAAUCUAGACCAGGCCGACGACCCCAAGCUCCUAGAGCGCCUCAUAGCGAUGACGAUAACGGUGACUUCCCAAACCUGAGAGCGUGGAACCCGCACCCGCGAGCAGAGGAAUUGGCUUUGUUUGCUACGAGCCUCUUCUCAGGAUUGGAACCGGAAUAG